AUGAUAUCUACAAGCCUUGAACUCGAAGCAGACCAAUGCAAGAACGAUAAAGACGUCUACACUUGGGACAGGGAAUCUGUCCUUGAGGAGGUUUCCGUGCUUCUACUACAGCAUUUCCUUUUUGUUGAGGGCCUCGUAUAUUUUCUCAUGUCGGUUUGCCACAAAUGUCUCUAUUGCUUCAUGCGCCGAGGCAUCCACCAAUUUUUUUUGGGGGGGUGGGGGAGGGGUCUCUUCAAGCUAGUAGCUGUCCAAAGUCAACGAGGAACACCAAAACACGAGGAAUUAGUUCAAUCGAUUCUUACUUUCCAUACUUUUCCUUCCCUAUUCCUUUCUUUCUUUCUUUCUUUCUUUCUUUCUUGCUUGCUUGUUUUUAUUUAUUUAUUCGUUCUUUAUUCUCUUUUCUCGCUUUUUAUCCACUUUCUUGAUUUUUUGUUUCUUUUUCUUCCUUUCUUUUUUUACUCUCUUCUUUUCUUUCUGUUUUUCUUUACUUUCUUGACGCUAUCCAUUUUUUUCUCUCCUCUUCUUCUUCUUCUUCUUCUUCUUUCAAGUUUACUUGUUUUUCUUCUUUUCGUUCGUUUUUUCGUCCGAAAAGAGGUUGGUAACUCUCUAUCUUUCUUUCUCUGUCUUUCUUUCUCUCUAUCCCUAUAUUUAUCUCUAUCUAUCUAUCUAUCUAUCUAUCUAUCUAUCUAUCUAUCUAUCUAUCUAUCUCUCGAUGCUAGGUACGUUCAAGACGUGGGCGCCCACGGUUCUCUCCAGGGAAAGACAAGCGAACUUGCCAAGGGCACUUGCCAAGUGAGUUUAUCAGCGCACUACCAUUUCUAUCACUCCAACCAAAAUAGUUGGAAUUGUCCGAAAGAAAGAACAGUUCCGAAGAUGCUUUUGCGUUCUUUUCUUGGAUAA